CUCACGAAGCCGAUUUUAAUCUCGUACGGUCGGGGUGGACGGUCAGAAAAACACGCAAGAAGAAAACGCGUUUGUUAAUUUUUUUUUGGCAAUACUGCUGGCCGUCGGGCGAGAAAUGUAAUAUAACCAAUUUCGGAGCAUUUCCGCAAGAUGAGCGAAGUCUUCGACGAGUGGGACGAAUUGAACGCCGACUUUAAAGAGUUGGAGGUGGCGAACAGGGCUUACCUUCAAUACCUGUCUGAGCUGUCCGGUUACCAAAAAAAAUGCAUCGAUCACAUCAAGCACCAAAGAUAUCGAAUAGGAGUUAUAACCAAGGCGUUAAAGGAUAUAGCGAAAGGCAAGGAGAACGAAGGGCGCGUGAAAGAGUUACGGACCAAUAUCAUGAAACGCAAGGCCCAAUUGUACGCGAUCGAGCAGACGCUGCCCAAAGAAAACGGCACCUAUCUGAAAAUUAUCUUGGGUAAUGUGAACGUCUCCAUCUUGAAUAAGGAAGAUAAGUUCAAGUAUAAGGACGAAUAUGAAAAGUUCAAGCUGAUUUUGAGCAUGAUCGGAUUCGCGAUGGCCAUUUUAAAUUACUUCGUGCGUUUUCGAGCGCUCGAACUCAGCUACAUUUUCCUCCUGGUCUGGUACUACUGCACUUUGACAAUUCGGGAGAGCAUAUUAAAGCUGAACGGGUCGCGGAUCAAGGGAUGGUGGAGGUUCCACCAUUUCGCGUCCACCGUAGCCGCUGGCGUUUUAUUGAUCUGGCCCGACAACGAGACGUGGCUCAUGUUCCGCAACCAAUUCGUACUGUUCAAUAUCUACAUCAGUCUAGUCCAGUAUCUCCAGUUCCGCUAUCAACGGGGCGUUUUGUACCGGCUCAAGGCCCUAGGCGAGCGCCACAACAUGGACAUCACCAUUGAAGGGUUCCACUCGUGGAUGUGGCGCGGCCUGAGUUUUCUCUACCCCUUCCUCUUCGGCGGCUACGUUUUCCAGCUGUACAACGCGUACAGCCUGUACAACCUGAGCAUGCACCCGACCGCCACUUGGCAUGUGCCCGUGCUCUGCUUCAUGUUCUUCUUUUUGUUCCUCGGCAACACCGCCACCACGAUCAUGGUGAUCCCGUCCAAAUUUCAGGAGGAGGUUAAGCUGCAGUACCGGAUCAUGAGCCAGCGACUGAGCAGCCAGCUGCUCAAUCGAGAGAGCGAGGACAGCAUAGACUUCGAAUCGCGAAAGGACAACUGAUGGUGGCGAAGCGAAUCGUAUUUUUUAGGUUAGAACUCGAAUUCCUAUCGGAUAUUGUACGCGUACGGAAACAAAAAAUUCAAUAAAAUCUCAAAAGUUACCAAAA